AACGGGACAGUUGUAACGUACCAUUUCAUGCUGCAAAACUUUGUGGUCCUUCUAUAAACAAAAUAAUUUUUAUUGGUUGCCAGAAUUUAUAAAAUCUGAACAUUCAGAGGAAUAUUACUGCGUGUUCCCUGCAAAGAAGCCUGGAAUAUAAAAUGGAUAUGACUGGAAAGGGGAAAACCAAAGUACGGAUUUCAAAAUCUCUCUCAGAUGGUGAAGAAGUAGCUAUAACUGCUCGGAAGAAAAAGGUGCAAAAAGCUCUUGCUAAGCUUGGGAUGCAGUGUGAUUCGGAGAACAUCCCCAAUAUUGCUGUCCUAGGAGCAGGAGGAGCUAUGAGGGCUAUGAUUGCACUUUAUGGCACUCUAGCAGAGCUGAAGAAAUAUAACCUUUUGGAUUGUGUUAUGUACUUGGGUGGGGUGUCAGGUUCUACCUGGAGCUUGCCAACCUUAUACAAAAAUGAAGAUUGGUCAGAAGAAAUAGAGAAUGUGAUUAAAUGUCAGAUUGAAAAUCUUGUCCAAGGCCAGUGGGAUGUUAAUAAAGCAAUAAAAGCUGUUCUAGAGGCUACAGAAGAUGAAUGUUACUCUCUCACUGAUUUCUGGUCCUAUUUUCUUGUGCAUAAACUGCUAAGCAAGUUUGAGGAAGGAAAAUUGUCUGAGCAUGCUGGAUCUUGUGAGAAUGGAAAAAACCCUUAUCCUAUCUAUGCAGCUGUGAACAAGCAAACUUAUCAGAAUCCAAAUGCAGGUACCUGGUUUGAGUUUACCCCUCAUGAGGUUGGAAUUCCUGGACUAGGGACAUAUGUAGAUAGCAAAUACUUUGGGAGCAUAUUUCAAAAUGGGCAGCUGAUCAGAGAAAAAAAAGGAAAAAAUAUUUGCUAUUUGCAAGGUUUGUGGGGAAGUGCUCUUGGAGGCGAGCAAGAGAUUUCAAAGACUAUAUCAGAUGCUUUAAAAGAUUUUGGCAAAUGUGAAAAAUCAGAGGACAUAACUUCAAAAGAUUUAGCAGACAUUAAGAAAUUUAAUAUGCUCUAUGAAUGCUAUCAGACACUCCUGGAACUGCAGUUAUUGGAAUCUACAGAUAAAGAAGGACUAGAUAAAUUUGAUCACCUGGAAAAUAUCUUGAAAGAUUACAAAUACAGCAAAAGCUAUCAGUUGAUCAGAGAAAUGCGUGAGACCUGGUAUUCUGCAGAUGAACAGAGAAAAAAAGAACAGUACACAACAUUAUUUCAAACUUUGGAUGCUGAUUUUGGAGAUUUUACCAAUGAGUUCAAUAAGAGAUGUCUUAAAAUGGUGAAAAAAACAUGUUUGUGCCUUUUAAAUUGGUCCUGGGGUAGCAUCCAUAAUUUCCUGUACCAAUGUACUGAUGUUAAAUUUCCUGAACUCACAAGCAAUCCCAUCGUAUCUUUAAUUGAUGCUGGUCUCACUAUAAAUACAGCGUAUCCUUCGGUUUUGCGUCCUGAGAGGCAGGUGAAGUUGAUUCUGUCUUUUGACUUCAGUGCUGGAGACCCUUUUCUGACAAUUAAAAAAGCUGCUGAAUAUUGUGAAGCACAUGCAAUUCCAUUUCCAAAAAUAGAUGAGAAUGCAUUACAAGAUCUAGAUAAUCCAUUAGAUUGCUACAUCUUCAGAGGAGAACACACACCAACUAUUAUACAUUGUCCAUUAUUCAACAAAAUCAACUGCCCAGGUGAAAUUGCUGAAUAUAGAGAAGAAUUCUCCACUUUCAAGUUGAACUAUUCUGUUGAAGAGAUUGAAAAGUUGCUUAUUGCAGCAAAGAAGAAUGUAGCAAAUGUUCAGCAAAAGAUUCUGGAGGAAAUCAAUCACAUUGUAGGCUCUACUUCAUAAACUGCUGAAGCAAAUGUUUUCCAUUAUAUAUUGAUUGAUGAAAAGCUUGUUCUCCAACAGAAAAUACUAUUACUAACUAUUAAUACCGAGGAAGUUUUAUGCAGUUUACCUUCCUCCCCUGAAAGAGGUUUAAUUAAUAUCUAUUGAGUUUGGGAUCAUGCAUAUUUGUGAUUUUUGCUAACAUUAUAAAAAAGUAAAAUUUUACAUUAAUAAUUGUUCAAUAAUUCAGAAUUGAUUAUCCAGAGAAGUAAAGAAUGGAAAAAAUUAAAGAGGGAGAUCUAUCUAUUUUGAGAUAGAAGUUAAGACAAUAACUAGAAACUAGAAGACUGUAAAUUGUAAUCUUGUUUUAGAUAUAAAUCUAGCUAGCCAUUUCUAAAAAAAAACUAAUGACAAAAGAAUUGCAAGGAGUAGAGAUUGGGACUAAAAAAAAUCACUUGGAGAUACAUGUUUUAUGGUUUUUUAUGAAAUACUGCUAUAUUUUCUAGUUUUUAUAAUACAUACAUACACAUACAUACAUACAUACAUACAUACAUACAUAUGUAUGCUUAUAACAUUUUUAAAUUUUAAUUUUCAAACAAACAUAAACACACAAAACAUAUAAUAUAAAAACCUCUUCAACUACAUACAGUAUGUCGCUUGGUUAUAAUAUCUUUCUGCGUCCUUUCCAUAGUCAUCACUUGAGCUUUAUCAAAAAUCACAUAUUGUCAAUCAAAUAUCUUUUU